GAUUCAUGUCUAUCGCAAUUCCUAUAUGUAAUAAAUACUUUAAAUAAAACCCUAAAAAUAUUUUAAUUACCUCCUAUUUCAUCUUUAUCCUCUUCCCAAAAUAUAACUUUAUAUAAACAAUCUUUCUACUUAUUUUUAUUUUCUCAUCUCUCUCUAAAAUAAAUCAAAAGUAAUUAUCUCUCUCUCUCUCUAUAUCUCCGUAACAAUUCUAUGGAGUUUCCACCGUCAGAUCCGCCGCCGUCAACCUUCGUUCCCGUGACCAACUACGCGCCUGCCGGAAGCUACGCGCCGCCUGCCAACUACGCGCCGGUGGCCAACUAUGCGACAGCUGUCUAUGAUUCUCCGCCUGCUGCUCCUAGUUUAAACCACCCAUCUUAUGAAGAGAUGGUAAGUAGCGCAAUACUAGGUUUGAAUGAUAAAGGUGGGUCCAGUAGGCAAGCUAUAGCCAAGUACAUAGAGAAUCACUUCAAGAUUGCUCCGUCACAGACUCAUGGUUACGAGCUGACUCAGCAGCUCAAGAGGAUGAAGAACAGUGGGCAGCUUGUAUUGAACAAACAUUCUUAUAUGUUUCCUGGAUCUGUGAAUGCGUCUGUGCCUGCUGCGAGUGUUACGAGUCCUGGUUAUAAUGGUAUGAGCCAGGGUCAGGGUCAAAGUCAAGGUCCGGUUACGGAUGUGACGAAGAGAAGGCCGGGGAGGCCUCCGAAGCUUCAGCCGAAUGGAGGGUUGAUGGGGUCGGCUGCCCCUCCAGUGAGUGUGGGGUUUGAGAAUCAGCAGGUGGGGGGAGCAGGGUUUGGAGUGCCAACUGCGAAUUUGUUUGGUGGGCUUAAUUCGGGUGAAUUUCAGUUUGCUGGGGGGAAUGUGAAUAAUAAUGUGCCUGUGCCUUUGCCUGUGCCUGUGAGUAAUCAUGUGACUGCACCUGUGAGUAAUGUUGUCAUGGCUCCUGUGAGUAAUGUUGUGACUGCGCCUGUGAGUAAUACUCCAACGAUGGUUUAUAAUGGUGGGGCUAUGUAUGAUGCGGGUGCGGUGGCUAAUGUGGUCCCUAUUGAACAGAGUGAUGUGGUAUCAGUCAAGAGGGGUCGGGGUAGGCCACGAAAGGUGAACACUUCUGCAGUUGGGGUUGAAUCUGGGGCUAUUACUGUUUUAGCUGGGGAAGAUUCUGCAGCAAAGAACAAUGUUGGUAAUGGGCCUCCAGCAGUGACGCCUCCUAUGGAAUCGGGUAAGAAACGCCGAGGCAGGCCAGCUAAGUUAGAUAAGAAGGCGACUGUUCCUGUGGUCAAUGGGGGUGUGAAGCAAGGACAGGAUGUGCAGGCAAUGGUUCUUAGGGAAGGCAAAAGAGGCAGAGGCCGGCCUAGAAAGAACCCUCUUGGUGCAGUUGCUGCUAAUGGGGUUGGUGGUGGUGGAGUUAUGCCAGUUGCAAAGAAGCCAAGGAAAGUCAGUGGAAAGCCUGUGGGCCGGCCAAGGAAGAAUGCAGCACAGACAGCUAGUUUGAUGUCAGAAAUACAGAUGCUGGCAUAUGAAGGUCUUAAAGCGAGAGUGGAACAUUACCAAUCAAGAAUCAGGACAGCAAUAAGCGUUGUCAAGCCAUAUUUGAAUGAAACAGCAGUCAUUGCACUAGGGGCGUUACAAGACCUUGAAGAGCUAGCUAGCAUGGAUAUCAUAAGUGUGCCACCAAGUGUUCAAGGUGCAGUUAAAGAUGUUCAAAGUGCACCUGUAAAUGUUGAAGGUGCACCUUUAGAUGUUCAGAGUGCACCUAUGGAUGUUCAGAGUGCCCCUGUUAAUGUUCUCAGUGCACCAGUAGAUCUGAACGCACCUGUAAAUGUUUCCGGCCCUGCACCUGAGAACAUUCAAAGUGCACCAUUAACUGCUGAAGGUGCGCCGUCAGCUUUUCAAAGUGCUCCAACUGGUGAAACUACAGAGUCAGCUUAUCAAAGUGCACCGGUACCUGUUUCAGGGCAGUAGGAACCUCCCCUUAAAAGUUAAGGAUAUGGUAGGACUAAGUAUCAUUUAACAAUCCUAACUUAAGUUGUUCAAAGAGGUUGAGAAGUGCUUCUCGAGUAGUAUAGUGCUGUAGGGCGGAACGGGGUAGGUGAGUCGAGACAAACAAAAGAAGCUUGUGGAAAUUAGAUUACCAAUUUCCAACUGUAAACCGAGUAUAGUUUGUGUAUUUGCAAAUUUGUCAUCGCAUAAAUUGGUACUUUUGUUUGUAUGAAUUGCUCAGUACCUUUUAAAAUGCUGUUCAUGUUGAGUCUUA